UUUUUGGAAUAUAUUAGCUUUCAACACCACGGUCACAUUGUUUCUCAUAUAAAUAAAGAUUUCGAAAUGCCCGACGCUGCCGACGAAAUGUUGGCGCGAUUAGCCGCCCAUCGACGGUCCUUGGGCAAGCAGAUCAGCAAGAUAGACGAGAUAAUGGAGCGCUCCAACAACACCCUACUCCACAUCGAGUCCAAUAACAAGGCCUUGGCACUGAACGCUUCGCCGCAAGACUCUCAAAAGGUGUACAAUCUCAAGCCAGAGUGCGAAUUGGCUGUGGUCCGUAUCCUGCAGAACUUUCGUCAGCUGAUGCAGAGCAGCGAUCAGCGGGAGGACACGGGCAGCGCCUUGGACGGCUGCCUGGCCUACAGACACCGCGUGGAACACCUGGGCAGUUCGGUGCGCAAGCUGGUUGCCCUCUGCGACACAGUCAGCCAGAUGAGAAGUUUCCAGGCGGAGCAGGAGGCGCAGGAAGCUGGCGAGGCAUCGCCAUGAUGAUGCAUUCUCACGGGAUUUAUAGAUUACCAAUCUUAUAUUAUUUUAUUUAGAAUUUAAUGUUUGCAACGCUUAAAAGGGGAAAUACACAUAUUAUUGUUCGUUUUGUUCCCAAAUUUCUGUAUUCUAACGAUAAUAUAUUAAUAAUUAAAUCAAAUCAAAACCA